AUGUCCUCGCAGUCUCUUCGUGCGCCCACGCCUCCGCUGGGGAAGGAGUCGCCAGUCUCUGCGUCAGCCAUUAAGAAGGCAACGCAGAGCGAAAAUGAGAGGAUGGCGAGGAAGUCACCGAUGCCGACUUCGCCGGACAUGGGCAGGAAGCGGGGAGGGGGACUCAUGGCCGAGUACGAGUCGACCAUGCCCAAGUUCAACCUGGCUGGCAGUGCGUCGCCUGCGCAGCGUGCGGCACUUGCAAGGCUUCGUGACCUGCGAGACUUGCAAAUUCCGAGCAAGCUGGGCAUCGAGGUUGGAAACCUUUUCCAGCAGAAGCCACAGCAGGACAUCCAGCUCUUUCUUGCCGGCAAGUCCCUGAAGUAUUGCAAGCUCAAGACAACCAGCUGCCAAACAGGCGAUGAUGAUGUGGAAGUGGGAGUCAACACGGAUGAGGUUUGGACGGACGACAAGGAGAUGCAGUUCCCAACCUUGACAAGCGGCCAAACAGCCAAGUCAACCGGGGCGGAGGCACAGCUUCUUCCUUUCCUCAGGCGAGUGCUACCCCUUUUCGAAGCAUCCAUCGUGGAGGGCAACCGCCGUGCUGGUGUUGUUGCGCCACCACCUGCGGAUGAGCAGUUGGGCCAGACUCUGGUGCGGUGCUCGCUGCCAGAAAGUUUCGUUUCCACGUUCAUAGGUGCUUGGCCCUCGGUCGUAGACGUGUCCAUCGUGGAGAAGUGGUACGGGGCAGACCACGCCUUGGCACUGUACGGCUGGGAAGAGGUGGUUCGGCCUCCGCCCAGCGAGAUCCUCGGCUUGGCCAACUUCAUGAGGCCCAUCCGGAGCCUGGUGGGUCUUCAUCCGAUUGUGCUCGGUGGCUCUGGAGGUGCUUCUACCCGCCCUGCACGGUGUCUGUAUGCUUUCUGUCGCUUGAGCUCCCUGACGGUCGUGAACGGCAGGUCUCACCUCAUAGUGGCAGGCUCGGAGACAGGCUCUCUCCUGGUCUACGAUCUGCGGGCGAGAGCGAGAAGUCCUGCAGACCUGCAGGGAGAAAGUGAAGGCCCCCCUCCGAAUCCUGAUGCUGACAUCGCUCACUUCGAGGGUCCGGUCUGGCUCCCGUCGGCGUUCUCGACGGACGUCUACGCAUUGGGGCCAACUCAGCGAGAGUCUGACAUUGGUGAGCAAAAUGGCAUCCUGUCCGAGCCUUUUGGCUUUGACGGAGAUUCGUCCGGAGUGCACGAGGCAGAGGCGGUGCUCGUGAGGAUUUCCAGGGUGUCAGGACCAUACGGAAAUUCGACCUGUCCUGCGCAGAUUUGCUGCGUGCGCAGCUCGGACAUGGCUGCCGGAGAUGCGCUCGUCUUUGCCGGGAAAAGGGAGCGGCCAAAGAAGCCAGAGCUGUCUUGGCACUUGCUUCACGACAGUGGAAGAUUGGAGAUCUCAACCGAGCGCUUCGUGCAGCGUGGCAUCAGUUUUUUGAAGGCAUACAAGGUUCGAUCAGCCUGGGAGGCUGCCUCUCUGCUUCUAGCAACGUCUGGUCAGAAGAGUCUUCAGGCAGAUGUUGUCUCGUACACAAUGUUGGCGAGUGCGAGUAUGCGCAAAACUUGGGAAUGGGCAAUCGGCAUCUUUGCGGAUGUGGCUCGCAAGGACGUGCUCUUGGACAAGGUAGCGGAACUCACACUUUUCACUGGCUUCGCGGCCUUGGGCAAGUGGGUAGCUGCGCUUUCCUCGUUUGCAGACUUGCAGGUUCAGCAGACGGAAGUGGACCAACAGAUGGCCAGCUCUGCAAUGACUUCUUGUGCCGGGCGUGACACCUGGACCUCUGCGAUUGUACAACCCCAAGAUGAACCGGCUUUGAGUUGCGAGCUUCAGAUGCUGUCCGUAGAGAUUGACACCGCUGUCGUCAAUUCUGCAAUGAGUGCUGUGAGCGGUGCCGGUGGCUGGACGUUGGCGCUGUCAGCGCUGGAGGACAGCCCGCUCACAGAGGUUUCACGUCUUCGUUUCAAGUCUGCUUCGACUGCUAAAAAGGAUGUUACUACGCGGCAAUCGAUUGACGUGAUAUCGAUAAAUGCUGCUCUCAGUGCCUGCGAGCGAUCUGGGCAGUGGCAGCCCGCCAUGUCCCUCUUGGAAGGAUGCUUGCCGUCGGUACCAGACAUCGUAUCUUACGGUACAGCGGUCAGUGCCUUUGAGAAGGAAGGUCGGUGGGAAGAGGCUGUGUACCUUCUUUCUCGGCUGCCAGAGGUCGACACAAUCGCUUGCAAUGCCGCAAUCUCUGCAAGCAGCUGGCUGAAAGCCCUCGGGCUCCUGAACACCAUGCGGUUCUGCGCCAUGAGAAGCACAAUCAUCACCUUCGGUUCAAUCAUAAGCUCUUUUGAGAGCAUUGGAAGAUGGCAGCUGGCUCUGCACAUGCUGCGUAUUAGCAAGAUGCAGACCCUGCGCUUGCAAGAUGUCACCUGCAAUGCAGCUAUCGGGGCCUGCGAGAAGGGAGUAAGAAGGGCUUUGGACAUCACCGGGACAGUCAGCUUUUGGCGGGUGCUAGAACUGGCUUCGGUGGGUGUCAAGCUUGCCUUGCAAGGCAGCCUCGCCCUCGCUCGAGGCCCGCACUCUCACGUGCUUGCCGACUUCCUCGGUGCCUCGUAUCUUUGCAUCCAUCCACAGCAACAGGCCUGGCUUUCUUGCAAGCUGCUUCGCCUCACUCAUUUCAUUCACUCCCAGGGACAGUUCGUAGCGCUAUCCACAGCUGGAAUCCGGCAAGCCAACAGUCUGGCCAGCAUGUUUGUCACGAAUUCCAUGAUUCGCGCGAGCCAGCGUUGUGGCCAGGGCAACGCUCUCUUACCUCGAACGUGGCGGAUGGCCCCAGGAGGCCUGGUGGCCAAAUGUCGGCUCUUCAUGAGUACAGCGUGUGAGUGCCAGGAAGAAGGAGAACACCUGGACGAGGCUAUCAAAAAACAGUUGCAGCCACUGGUUGGCGCGUCGCCUUUCCAGCAGCGCCUCUACCUUCGUGGCGAGGAGGUUCUUGAUGUUGUACGAACCUCGUCGAACCUGCCGCCAGAGGAGGAGCUACAAGUGGUUGUUUUGCCACUGAGAUACGAUGCCGCUGCGGACCUUCGUCUGCAGUCCGCUGCAGGUGACCUUGCAAAGAUCAAGCAGUUGCUGCGCGAACCCCAAGCUCCGGAUCCUCUGGCGCCAUGUGAAUUUACACCGCUGCAGCUCGCCUCGCGGUAUGGCCACCUGGAGGUGGUUCGAGCACUUCUGGCUGCGGGCGCCGACAAAGAUCGACAAGGACUGGCCGAAAGCACACCCUUGUUGGAGGCGGUGGACCACCAGCACUUGCACGUUGCUCGUCACCUCCUCCGGCUUCGCGCGGACAUCGGCAAGGCCGGCCUUGGAGGGACGACGCCCUUGCUCGUGGCCGUGGAGCGGGGGGAUCUCCAGGCGGCAAAGUUGUUAGUGGAGAGUGGCGCCGACACAGAGCAGCCAGAUGCAAGCGGCCUGGCACCACUGCAUGCCGCCUGUGGACACCUGGAUAUGGUCAAGUUCUUGCUUGGCAUGAGGGCGAAUCAGAAUGUGCAGGACACGAAUGGAAAGACGCCCCUACGUAUCGCUGCUGGAAUUGGCCAUGCAGACGUGGUGGAGUGCCUUGUGCUGUCCGGUGCUGACAGGGACAUGGCUGAUGCUCUGCUGGUUUCGCCGCUGUGGGCUGCUGCCCGCAAUGGGAGAAACGAUGUAGUCCAACACCUGCUUGAUGCCGGUGCUGACCAGAACCAGGCUGAUAUCGAUGGUGAGACGCCCUUGAGGGCUGCAGCUGAGCACGGUCACCUCGAAGUAGUUCUGCGUCUGCUGAGAGGAUAUGCGGAUGUAAACAAAGAGGACAUUGAUGGGAGGACUCCUUUGCUGGCCGCUGCUCAUGCCGGGAAGUUGGAGGUGGUUGAGAUUUUGCUCCAAUGGCAUGCCGUCGUGGAUUGUACUGAUUCAGAAGGUCAGACGCCGUUGCUGGCGGCUUCCGAGCAUGGCUUCGUGGAUGUUUGUCGGAGUCUGCUGGACAAGCAUGCCGAUGUAAAUCAUUGCCGGGCGGAUGGCACGACGCCUUGCAAGCUGGCUGCACAGCGGGGGGAGUUGGAGGUCCUGCGGCUCCUCCACGUCGCAGGCGCUCUCGUCGACGUUUCGGAUCCUUUGGGCGUCACGCCGCUCUGGGCUGCGGCCAGCAGCGGCAAGCUCCAUGUCGUUCAGUACUUGCUGGAGCAGCGUGCUGAUGCAGCCAAAGUGUGCAGAGGCGGGCAGAGCUGCCUGCAAGCCGCCUCCCAGCGCUGCCAUUCGCAGGUGGUUUCGCUUCUGACACCCUUGGACCACCAGAGCAAGCGCCGCAAAGUCGGCGAGUAG